AAGAGGGUUCAUACGGGUCAUGGAAUUUGAAAAUGUCAUUUUCCAGUUCAGGAAGUCAUAGAAUUUUUCUUUUUUUUAACCUUUACACACAGGCUUCCUCCCGUUACCCCCCUCUAUCUGCGCUAAGCAGAGACAGCCUCUGGGAUAUUGCCAUUGAGCAAGAUAGAACUAGCAAGCAAGAAAAGGGUGAUUCUCAGACAUGUAAUGAAGAUUCUGCUGUGUUUAUUGUUGGCAGCAAAAACUCGGGCAAGACAUCAAUGAUACUCAGAUUUUUAGACAGAGAUGAAGCACCCAAGCCUACAGUUGCUUUGGAAUAUACAUUUGGACGCCGGGCAAAGGGUCAUAAUAUUGCAAAAGAUGUUGGUCACAUUUGGGAGCUGGGAGGUGGGACCUGGCUGGCAAAACUGAUGGACAUCCCUAUAAACCCAGACACUAUAAUGCACACAACAUUAAUUAUUGUCUUGGACUUAUCUUUGCCCAAUGAACUGUGGUUCACACUGGAGUCCCUCUUGACUGCUGCGAAAUCUCGCAUUGAGACAGUGAUUGCUGAAAUGAAGAACACUAUGCCAAACAUGCGAGACAAACUGAGGGAAAAAGCUUGGGAAAGAGUGGGAUCUGACCAUCCAGACAAGAAUAUGAUUGAUCCAUUUCUGAUACCUUUGGUUAUUGUUGGCAGCAAAUUUGACAUAUUCCAGGAUUUUGAUCCUGAGAAGAGAAAAGUCAUUUGUAAAACCUUGAGAUUUUAUGCUCAUGUACAUGGUGCAUCAAUACAGUUCUUCAGCACUAAAAUUGACCAGCUGGUGAAGAAAACACAGGUGGCUAUUAGUCACCACUUGUUUGGAACCAAUACAAGCAAAACCUUGCAUGUAGAGCCUAACAAACCAUUGAUAGUACCCUUUGGACUUGACUCAAUACAACAAAUUGGUAAUCCACCUAUAGCAGAUCAGGAUAUUGGAAGGGUACAUGCAAAGACACCAUUAGAACUAUGGAAAAUUGCAUAUACAGGAUAUUUUCCUCAAGAGAAAACAAACAACCCAGCCAUGGUCGAGGACCCAGCAAAGGACCCCCAGUUUGCUGAACCUGCUAUAGAUGCACUACGGGCCCAGAAAGAUGAUGAACUGGAGAGGUAUCGGAGGUUAUCAGAACGUCGUGCUAAAGAAGCUGGUCAAAUGAUCUAACGAAUCGGCAAGUCUCUAGUCGCACUUUCAUAUCAGUGAUAUCCGUCCAGUCUCCAAUCAUUCGUGUGCUUUCUCUGAUUGUGUCUCCAUUCUGGUUGUACUGUGGUUACAUCAGUAUGUUUUAUGAUUGCUGAUAUAAUUGCAGAAUAGUAGAAUACUGUGAUAAUUAUCAUUCUUCAAAUAAAUCUGUGUUAUUAGAAAUGGUUACAAGUGGUGGUAGAUUUUAAGACAUCUUUAAAAGUCCAAAUUUCUUGGGGAAAAGCUGCAUUUGGAACUUUCUUAUUGACCUGCUUACAAGUUGACAGGAUUUUUCCAAAAACAGAUAAAGACGUAAGACAAGCAUUUUCUGGUUAUGCAUAAUAUGUUUUCAUCCAUACAGAUAUAUAAAUAUAUAUAUAUACUUUCUUCACAUGUCAGAAUAUAGUCGACGAUCUAUGAACAAUUCAUCCACCGCUAACAUGAUGUUAAUGGAAAAGAAUAAGCAAUAUUUGUUGUAGAAGAAUCUAUAAUCUGGGCAUAUAUUGUACAAAUAACAAAACACAUGUUUGUCACACAAUUUCAAAAUAGUAUUUUCAACAGAGAAUAUUGUUUGUCAUUUCCUAUUGGAUACUAAAUGUGAAAGAAACAGCCCAACCCCAGAAAUCAUCUUCUUCGUUAUCUGAGGCUCGAAACAAGGUCUGGAACUCUGUGACUGUCAUGGUAUCCUGGUAAUUGUCAUGGGAGUUGGCGCUAUCCUCAUUCGUUGAAUUCGUCAUACCUACUUAGUCACUGUACAGCUCAUCUUCAGUAGCAGUCAUGCUGUUUGAAAUCCCACAUUUGAAGAAUAACUUCUCAAACCAUGUUUUCAGAAAUGUCGUCCCAUACCAUUUUAACCCACCUACAUAUAAUAUCAGUGCCAAGACACUUCAAGUUUCCCCCUUUUAUGCACCGUUUGGUACCUUCUACCAUCCAUUCGUUCCACUGCUUCCGCAUGGUGCACUUGAACAGCUUGUUAAGGCAGACAUCCAGAGGUUGUAUCAGGAAUGUUGUUCCCGCAGGAAUAACCACCUGGUGUAUUUUUAUUGGUCUUAGUAUCUUUUUGAUACUAUCCAUUGAAUGUGCAUGAAACAUGUCCCACACAAGUAAUGACAGCCGAUUCAAAAGGGCACCAGGUCUGGUAAACCACAUCUUUCAGCCACUGGUGCAGAAUUUCUUCAUCGACCCAUCCUUUUUGCUGCUCAAUUAGAACUCCCGCAGUGGUAAGAUGAUCUGAAUUUUAAGGGCUGCCUGCUCCAGUUAGCUGUCAAAAGUUCCGUUUUUACAGGUAGCUUGUGUCCUGUUGACAAAUAACAAUCCUAUAAUUAAAAUAAAGUCCAGUUGGCAGUUUUAAUGUUUAACAAACUAUAGUACCGCUAAACCUAUGCACUGAGCAUAUUCAAAACUUUGUGUCAGUUGAGUUAGGUCAAGUUAGGAAUUGUUGCAGUCCCUUCACAUACUGUUUUUCACACAAAUACAUAAUGUUUACAACAAUUUUACAUUUUUUAAUUUAUUUGUUUUACUUUAUACCGGUUUAUGUACAUCACUGUACAGUUUUGUUGCUCUUCUAAAUGUCUCAUAUUAAUAUUUACAUAAUGAUGCAAAUCAUUAUACAGUUCUGUAGUUGUAUUUGCAGAUGUUAAUGCUUUUUCAUCAAAUUGUGUCUCACAGCAAAAGCUUGUGGUGUUCACUUUGCAGCAGAGAAGACCACCAAACGUGGAAUUUCAAAUAUUUUUCUGUCUUUAUAUCUUUCUCACAGUAGAGAAUAUUCUUUCUGUGUCUGCAUUGGAAUUUGGAAUGGUAGACAGCAUGAGUGCUGGUGCUGAAACUUGUUUAAAUUGAACAGAUCCAUCCAUUACAGCCAGUUUCCCUAGACGCAGCCAGUAUGUGUCUAAAAACAGACAACUUGGUGGAACGUCCUCUGCUGGUGUCAUGCUGAAGUCAUGAACUCCUCGCUUAGUUGAUCUGUCAUAGGGAAAGGAUGGAAAUGUUUUAUUUAACAAUGCACUCAACACAUUUUAUUUACAGUUAUAUGGAGUCAGACAUAUAAGUACCACACAGAUAUUGAGAGAAAAACCCUGCUGUCUCCAUGGGCUACUCUUU